AAACUUAACCGCUAGAGAGUGUAAUAGUCAUUUUUAUAUAUAGCUAUAUCUAUACAGUUACAGCAGCUAUACCUGUUGCUUUAAUUAAUCGCCGAUUGAUCAUAUUAAGAUAAAUAUUUAACAAAUUAUUGUUUAUUUUACCUUAUAAAUUAAUUAAACAUGAGAGUAGAAUUAAUGAAUCAUUAUUUAGAAAUUUUGAACGCCUACGUUUAUGACAAUGAUAAGGCGGUUACAUAUAAAUGGUUAAGCAAAGAAUUAGAAGUUCAUGUAAAUGUAGCAAAACAAGUUUUAUGGGAAUUCUGGCAGCGGCAUCAAGAUGAUAAUAACAUUGAGUCUACAGUCAUGUUGAUUGGUAAUUUAAAAUUGGGUGGAAUGUGUGUAGAAGUCGUGAAACAAUCAAAUUUAGAUGCAGCAAAAAAUAAAUUUAAUGAUAUAAUAUCAGAACACUUAUACAGUAUACAAAAAUCUAUACCUGAUUUAGAAUCACUUUUUAUGAAUGAUAAAGGAGAUGUCAGAUUUAGUGCUAUUAAAUGCAACGAAAGUGUAGAGCGCAAUGAUGAAGAAUUGUCUAUUUUACGAUGGGGAUCGCUAUUCAAAAAUCAUCCUAUUGUAGAACAGGAUGAUAAGUUAAAGUCUGUAAACAAAUCAGAAAAUGUACAGAUUUUUGAAAUGGAUGAACAUAAUCAAACAAAUAAAAAAUUUACAGAUAAGAAAACUAUUCCAAUAUCUCAAAAAACUAGCUUUAACAAUCUUUUUACAAAGAUUCCUAAUAAGGAAAAGGAUAUUGUACCUUCAACUUCAAAAUUUACAUGUAUCAAUAAAGAAACAUCACCUAAGCAGAAAUCUAUCGAUUCACAAAAUUCAUCUUCAAAAGAAAGUAAAUUUGUUAAGAGAAAAGAGAAAAGUGAUAUUGCUAGCUUUUUUGGAAAAAGCUUAGAUGUUACAAAAGAUUCUAAUCAGGAGGAACAAAUAGAUAAUAAUAUGAAAGAUGAUAUAAAAGAUAAUGCAAAGAUACAAGUUACUUCUAUUAACGAUAAUGAUAAGCCAAAAAAGGAAACACGUGGGAUAAAACGAAAUCGUAGCAAAGAAUCUAAAAAUAUAAUUAAAAAACGGAAACGUAUAAUCGUAAAUGAUGAUUUAACAGAUUCUCAAAGUGAAGAUGAACAUAUGAAAUCUAUGGAGUCAGAGUCGGAACAGGAGAUAGAAAUUGCUUUAAAUAAGAAAGAGAAAUUUCCUUCUCCUCCUCGUACAAUGGAUAAUAAUGGUAAAGCAAGAAUUCUUAAAAUGGUUGAUCAGACUUAUGAAGAAGAUGGUUUUCUUGUAACCAAAAAGGUACAUGUAUAUGAAAAUUGUUCAGAAAAUGUAACAGAGUCCAGAACAAAAGAAGAAACGAUGAAGAAAGAAUCUGCAGAUGUUGCCAAAGUACAGUCCAAGAAGAAACAAACUAUAUUAACUAGCUUUUUUAAAAAAUCCUAAUGUAUAUAAUUGAUUCAAAUAUAGGUAUUUUUUUAUUAAUUUAUUAUUCAUAAUAAAACGAAUAUAUAGUUAUCUCU